AUGAGUGCUAUAAGAAUUGACAAAGCAUUUUUAGGGCACUUCAUAGAUCAGCUAAGGAUAACAAUGAACCAUCAAUUCCAUGAGAAUCCAAGGGAUUCAUAUAGGUACAACAAUCCAUCUUGUUUAAGGGUUCACAUUAGUACCACCAACACAGAGCUAGGAGAUCCUUUCACAAAGGAUCAAAUAGAUUUAAUAACCGCGCAUUUAUGUAGCUUUAUACACUUUUCAACUCCGAGAGCUCCAUGUAUGGUGUUUUAUGGGUAUUUAGGCCUUAAGAAAAUGAUUAUAAAAAGACUACUGACUAUGUUGAUGUAA